AUGGAGAAGAGGAGCGGUCUGCGCCUGUGUCACUUUGGGACAGCCAGGCGGAGGCGAUGGUGGGGUCUGAGGAGAAGAUGGAUUUACAUUUACAUUACAUUUACAUUUACAUGGAGGAUGCUGGGGCUGUUUAAGAUCAACCAGGAACAUGACUUCUGCAGCCUCACCUGUCUUAUGAAAGAGGGCCUGCAUGCUGCCCUACAGACCAGCAACGACACAACAAUACCUGUGAGCAAACCUAUAGACUACACAACAAUAUGCACACUAUUUCAACUGUCACAUAGAAUACAUUUGUAUACCAUAGGAACUUACUGCAUUGACCCACCUCUGAGAAAAUUGCUCUACAUACAGUAUUUGCAUUGUACAUAGCUUUCCCUACUUAUAUGACAAGAAACCUUUCAUUGCGGUUUGAUAAUUAGUUGAUCUUGUUUCAAUCAGGAUAAACUUUCUGCUGAACAUUACAAAUUGGCGGAGACUCAAGUCCACAAGGUGCUAUUUAAUCACUAUUCAAACAAAUAUGUUAAACCAAUCCCGACAGCAUACUGUCUAUUUGAGUAAAUGUUUUUUGGGACACGUCUCAAUUUUGACCCGUGGUCCUCUGUUGCCUCCCCCUGCAGGACUUGGAGAUGCAGACGUUUGCAGGGCCGGUGUUUGCCAGCCUGCGGCGCUCCCUGGAUAUAACAGAGGAGGAGUACCAGAGGUCCCUCUCUUCAGACGGCUGCUAUCUACAGUUCAUCAGCAACUCCAAGAGCAAGGCUGACUUCUUCCUCACGUGAGUCCUGCUGGAGGACACCAUAAACAUCAUAAAUGUACACACAACACACCUAAUCUAUGUCAACUCUAUAUAGUAGCAUAUGUAGUAAAUGUCUUUUUUUCUUCCUUAGGAAUGACAAGAGGUUCUUCCUAAAGACACAGAAAACACGGGAGGUUACCUUUUUCCUAUCCAACCUGAAGGCAUAUAUGGAUCACUUGGAGAAAUACCCCCACUCACUGAUGGUCAGAUUCCUGGGUGAGAGAGAAGACCAACAGCUUAAGAUCAAAAUAUCACAUGACAAAUGGACUGUCACCUUUGUCAGAUGUUCAUAUUCUUAUUUUCUUAUUCCAGGUCUCUAUAGUAUCCAAAUUCCAAAUAAAACAAAGGUAAUUUUAAUGAAGCACAAAUAUUCACAAACACAGUUGUUUUUUUACUCUGUAAGUAACUUUUCUCUCACUCUCCCUCAGAAGUAUUUCAUUGUGAUGCAGAAUGUGUUUUACCCGGACGAGAGGAUUAAUACCAGGUAAACAUUGUUUGUAUUGUAGUUAUGAAAGAUAAAGUUGAUUAAAAAAAAUAUCUUUCUGGAUUGUUUGUUGCCAAUUUUGGCUUUGUCUCUUAGAUAUGACAUCAAGGGCUGUGAGGUGGGUAGGUGGACUGACCCUGCAUCUACGGGAAGCCCAGUUACUAAGAUUCUGAAGGAUAACAACUUUGAAGGAAAGAACAUCAUUCUGGGUAAGAGUCUGGUAUGCCCUAUAUCUGUCAGCACCUGAGGGGAUGGAUAAAGUAAUAUUGUAUUGUGUUCUUUCCUUGUGUCUUAUCAAUUGAAAGGUAAAUCCCCACAUGUUCCCCUAAGAAGUAAACAUUUAUCAUGUGUUGACAGAUCAGCAGCGCUCCUGGCUUGUGGAACAGGUUGAAAUAGACUCUGCCUUCCUCCGUAGCCUCAAUGUGCUUGACUAUAGUAUCCUGCUGGCCCAUCAACCCUUGCACCAAGACGAGCAGGACAGGAAGCACUCCUUUAGUAACCUGACUAUGCGCACUGCAAAGUAGGUGUUCAGUGGAGAACAAUAAUCUACUGUAUGACAAAGUAUGAAAAAAAGUAACACAAUAGUUUUCUUUAGUGGACCUUCCAGGCAAGCAACUAAUGUAAAGUAACAGUGAGAAGAUAAUUAGAAAUCAGGGCUUUUACUCUUAAGCUGAGUUAUUGAAUGGUCUUUCCUCUGCAGGUCCAUGGACCAAGACAGUCCCACAGAGGAAGAUCCCCCCGCUAUUCCGUUGUUGGAGGGGGACUCUGCUCGACUGGCAUCAGAUACAAUAGACAGUGGGUCAAACCACAUCCAGAAUACAGGGGAACACUCUGGCCAUGGAAUCCCCCUCCAGGAGAUAAACCUACACUCAGUAAACCGUACAGAUGCAGAACUCCAUGAGUUCCAUGCUCAUCACCGUAGGCUGCUGCCUAAUUUAAAAAACUCAGUGCAUGUCAUAGACGGACCAAAGCUGCGCUACUUUGUGGGUAUUGUAGACUUUUUCACUGUGUAUGGUGUGAAGAAAAUGCAGGAGAACCUGUGGAAGAGUCUGCGCUUUCCUGGCAGAGCCUUCUCCACUGUCAGCCCAGCUACCUACUCACAGAGGUUCUGCCAGUGGGUAAAGGACCACACCAAGUAAAACGGGGACACUGUGAGAGAUAGAUACAUUGCUAGAAACACAAAGUCCAUUGAAAGAAACAGAAGAGAAUGUCAAGUGAAUAAUCAAACUGGGCAUCAUUUUUUUUUUUGUUUUGUGAACAGCAUGAACAGUAGGUGGCAUCAAAUAGCUUCUGUUGCAGUGGAAGCCUAUUUCAAAAUACAUAAUGUACAAACAACUUGUCAUGUAACUUAUGUUAUUCAAUUUGUUCAUAUUAUGGUAUUCUAUGUGUUAUAUUAUAUAAAAAAUGAUCUAGCGGAAUUUCACUGAAGUGAUAUUUAGCCCAAACAAUUAUGUCAGGUUUCUCAAAAAUCAUACAUGAAUGUGUAUAAAAAUGUAUUGGAAUAAGUCGUGAAUAGAAAAUCAAUAAUAAAACCUGUCACUGCAUAA